GCGGCCCUUCUCAGGCCCCAGCAGACCGGUCCCCCCCAGGGCUGAGUCUCGUGACUCGGUUGUUCUGCUGUGGCCGCAGCAUCCUUCGGUGCACCUUCUUGCUACGCGCGUGUCACCUCCCUGCUUUAACCGCUAUCGUCUGAUGUUUCCACUCUUCCCUCAGUGUGAAAGCAAGUUGAAGCAAAAGGGGUCUCUGCCCCCUAAGUACGCCUUGGAGCUGCUCACCAUCUACGCCUGGGAGAUGGGGAGUGGGGCACAGGAUUUUGACACGGCUGAAGGUUUCCGGACUGUCCUGGAGUUGGUCAUACAAUAUCAGCAUCUCUGUGUCUUCUGGACGGUCAACUACAGUUUUGAUGAUGAGAUUCUGAGGAACUUCCUCCUGACCCAGAUCCAGAGAACCAGGCCUGUGAUCUUGGACCCAGCCGAUCCUACUGGCGACGUGGGUGGAGGGGACCGUUGGUGUUGGCAUCUUCUAGCAAAAGAAGCGACUGAAUGGUUGUCUUCUCUCUGCUUCAAAGAUAAGUCGGGAUGUCCCAUACAACCGUGGAAAGUGCCCAGGAAAGUCAUCUAAAGAAGUGUCGUCUGGAGAUUACCCCGGGAUGGGCUUCCAUCCAAGAGCUUCCUCUGCUCUAGGAACUUGAGAUUCACUCAGCCACACAUUACAGAUAGCCCAACACAGGCGCUUAAACGAUUGGCUUUUUUUGGUGCCAUUUGAUGAAAUCCUAAGGCGGGCAAUACAGGACUCACUCAACAGCUCCAUCAGGCUUUCCCCGGGAGCAGAUUGUCUCCACCGUGACUGUUGGUAUUCGGGCCUGGAUAGUUCUUCAUGGUGUAAGCAGUGUAAGAUGUUGAGUAGCAGCCCCUGGUUCCCUACCCAGGAGAUGCGGGCGUACCACCCCGAGGGCAAUAGUCAAAAACAUCUCCAGGGAUUUCCCUGUUAAGAGUCUGCCUUGCAGU